GUCUGUUGAGAGUCAAAUAUGUCACAGUCGUAAGCCAACAAUUUCAUCCGAAGUUUCUAGUCUCAGCUCAAGCCACUAGUCAGAGAAUAUUCAGGACUAAAAAUGAAUAAACUUCUACUAUUAUCGGCGCUAGCGACCACGAUUAUUGUGGCGUCGGCUCGUUUUACAAUGGGCACACCACCUCCUUAUAUCAAUCGCCCAACCAUUCCACCGCAAGACCGCUAUCGUUUUCGACGUGAAGCCAAUCCCAACCCCCAGAAUCGUGGUUCCAUCUCCGCUACGGUCAAUAAGCCCAUGAGCGGCCCGGAAAGACGUCCAACUUACAACAUCGACUAUCAGCACAAUAUUUGGCAGAACAAGAACGGUCAAAUUAGUGCCGGCGGCGGUGCCCAAAGACUGCCUGGUCAUAGGUGGGAACCCACAAUAGGAGUGCAGGGUACAUGGAGAUUUAAAAGGGAAGCCCAUCCGGAAAAACACGGUUCUUUUAGCUCUAGCAUGAACAAACCCUUGAGUGGACCGGAAAGACGUCCGACUUACAAUAUCGACUACCAACACAAUAUUUGGCAGAGCAAGAACGGUCAAAUUAGUGCCGGCGGCGGUGCACAGAGACUGCCUGGCCGGAAGUGGGAACCUACAGUAGGAGUGCAGGGUACAUGGAGAUUCAAACGAGAAGCCAACCCUCAACAUGGAUCCAUUAGUAUUAUGCAAUCGAAGCCAUUAGCAGGGCCAGAAAGGCGUCCGUCUUACAAGCUCGACUAUCAACAUAACAUCUGGCAAGGGAAGAACGGACAGAUUUCAGCUGGUGGCGGUGCCCAAAAAUUGCCUGGCCAGAGAUGGGAACCUCAAGUAGGAAUUCAAGGCACUUACCGAUUCCCCGGCUAAAACCAAUAAACGUAUUUUUAUUAUAUAACACCGCGAUUUGAUUUUUUGUACUUUAGAUGAUAAUUUUGUUUUUCAAUAUAAUUUAUUUUAUAACGAUUCUACAUAAUCAAAUAAAACUAUGAAAAUUAUAUUUUUUUCAAUUAAUUCUGAAGAGAUUCCAAGCUUGUACAUUAUU